AUGUCAAAAGAGCAAAGAGCAAUUACAUUGGCUUUGCAAGCUUUGGUCGAUAGUACUAAACACACGGCUAUUGAAGAGUUCUUACAAAGUGUUUCGAAGCUGAUCCAAGGUUGUUUUCGUGAGACGGAAGCCUUACCAAAUGCUCAGAGAGCAAUAGCGCUCGAGAAAACGUUUUUGGAAACACGAUCGAACGGUGUCCACUAUUUGGCCGUGAAGCAAUCGUGGGAAAAGUUCAUUUCCGAUCCAGACGAAAGUGUAGAGGUCCAGGUCGAAAUUUGUCCGGUUUCUGUGGAUGUAUUGCUGCAGCAAAUUCUUCAGCACUUUUGGUUUAUGAGAAGUAAUAGAUACGGCCAUGGUAUUGGUACUGAAGAUACGAACCCUUCGAAUGUGGAUUGUGCCUCUGCCUCUACUAGUAUAAACGACGAAGACUUGUCUGAAGACAAUGACAGUAUUCGAGAUCAUGCAGGGUGGGCAAUUAAAAGGGCAAGGGAUGUGAUAUUUAAAGGACAACAUGAACUACCAGCAAAGGAAUCUGUUGGCGAAGAAUCGCAAGUCGUUUAUGCCAAUAAAUCAGACGCAUUGUCAAUCAUAUCUCUUUUAGGAGAAGACAGGAAGCAGCCGGAUGAAAGCUACAGAUUUUAUGUUUAUGAGCAUGUCGUUCCUUUUUUUAUUUUUUUGCAUAUUUUCGUCGAAAAUCUUUUAAGCCCAAUCAAUAUCGUAAGGGAAAAAGGAAACAUUUUGAAAUAUUGCCUUGACCAAAUGUCAGUAAAUAAGGAACUGAGAGAUAGAUGGAAUGAACUUACACCCAAUUCAGAUAUGCGAGCAUCAGUUGUUGUUUUGCAACGAGUGGUCACUUUUUUCAUUAAAUCAAAGCAACAAAUUUUUCGGGAAAAAGAGGGUCUGAAACCAAAUAAGAAGAGUGUUGCUUUACGACAGCAAAUCAGGCGACCAGAACAAAAAGGCUCAGCCGUGUCCCCUGGCCCUACUCAGACGAACGAACAUGUAGGAACCUUGAGAAGAAAUUUCACAAGCUCUGGUUUGAAUGUAUUCUUGGUACAUCUUCAAACUUUGGCCCUGUCUGAACAAGAACAUACAUUGAAGAAUCUGCAAGGGAAAGAAAUAGCAAAAAUUUUGAAGGCUUUGGGGCAACCUGCAUUUAUGGGAAAGAGAAAAGAAAAACAAAUAAAUACCCUUCUUGAGGCAGUAAAGGGAGGUCUGGUAUGUGCUAAGUUUCCUGAUGAGGUAUGCAUUUAA